AUGGAGGACUCGAAGUUGAACACAGCUAAGAGGCUGGUCAUCAUGCGUCUCUGGAGGCACGACGAGCGAGAGCUCUCCUUCGCGCGACGCGCGUGCAGCCACGCCCCCAACGCCGCUAGCCCAACGACAAGCCCCAGUACGCCGACUGCAACUCCAGCUCCCACCUGGGCAGCAUUUCGCCUCCCACUCGCGCUCGCAUUCGACGUCGCCUUCGCCCAUCCCACGCUCGCCCCCAUCGUCGACUCUGUCGAGUCCGCCGUCGCCGUGGCUCCAUCCGCGCCAGCCGUCUCGCUCAAGCCCCCUCGGCAGACGUCGCCCCCACCCGCGUCCGCCGCGACGAGCUCAACGACGGCUGCCUCGCUCGCCAGCACGCUCACGCCGCGCACCGGGCCCACCACCACCGUCGCCUCCCGUCUGAACUUCGCCCCGCCCUUGUGA